AUGUAUGUAAAACAGUUCAAAAUUACAACUAUCUCUCUAUACCCAAAUCCUGAGAACCUGAAUGGAGGUAAUGUACAUAUUCACGUUUUUUACGGGUUCAUAGUCAUUGCCAACAAUGACGAGGCAAUCUGUGACCUAGGCUCACCAAUAAAGUGUCCAAUUCAAAUGGGUCCAUUCAACAAAACAUUUUCAGUAUCCAUUCCAUCUAAUGUGCCAUCUGGAGAGUAUAAUGGCAUCUAA